AUGUUUUCGACUCAUCAGCACCCUCCACCGCCCAUUCCCCCAUCGCCAACCCUGUCCAACCCGGACAUGAUCCUCCCCUUCGACGAGAACGAGCGCGAAAACUCCACCCCGUCCCCGCCCUUCAACUUACCCUCCCUAUCGAACUUGCAAUCCUUCUACGAGACGCGCACAAGCACAAACUACUCGAACGGCUACUCUCUCGACCCCACGCGGAGUCAUAAUAGCGGCGCCGGCGCCGCGCCGCGAGCCCAGCAACAGAAAAAGGGCUACCCGCGCCACACGUGGACGCACGAGAACCUCGAUGCGGCCAGCCGCCGGCUUUCAGAUAUUGGCGAGGAGGAUUAUAACACAUCAUCAUCGCCUUUCAGGCAUGGAGGAAGGGGAGCGGGUAUGAGAACCACGCGGGUCAUGAUCCCGCAGCAGGAUAGUGGUAGCGCGCAGGCGUCGCCGGUUUCAGUACGCGAGGCGACGGCGGUGAGGGAGCCAGAGACGAGAACAAACAGCAGCUCGUCGAAUUCGACAAUCAGCGGCGCGAGCGAGACUUCGUCGUGGGAUGGGACGAAGGGGCGCGCGGCCUACGUGGUGUCGCAGGAGAGCCGUGGAACGGGCAGUGACCGUCGCGCAACAGCUGCAGCAGUAGCCCCUAUGCGGCCCAAUGGCGCGCAAGCAUCGAGUGCAAAUGCGCCGCCUGCCAAUGAUGAGAAAGGGGGUCCUGAUGAGGACCUUUCGUCGGCGAUUCUGAGCAGCGAGGCGGAGCGGAUUCUGGAGAACGCGAAGAAGCGGUUAUCGCUUAUGGAAGGGAAUUUGACGCGGGCUCGCUCGUCAAUGCGCGCGUCUACUCCGUCGUCCCCGUCACCUGCACCUUCGGCUUCUGCAGGGCUGGGACAGCCUGUUGGGGGCUUGUAUCAGUCGAUACAUCGCGUGGCUGAUCGAAGGUCCUCCCUGCGGCCGCGCCAGACGCAGGAUAACAGCAAUCGGCACUCGCGAGUCUACAGCGAGACGAGCAUACCGUCAAACCAGCCGAACCAUGAGGCCAAUCAAUCUCGGUCUGUGAGUGCCAUGGGGUCAAGCACGAGCUCCACCUUCUAUACGGACGACCGCUCUUUUCAUUAUGCGCCUAACCGCGCGUAUCUCACUCACCGGGCGUCGGUCUCCUCUAUGCAACAGGUUUCGGCCAACGGGCUCCCGACUAGAAACGACCGCUCGUCUUCCGACUCACCUCGAACUUCCGAAUUUGAGGAGGAGAUCAAGAUCUCGAAUAUAGAUGAUUUCAACUCCGCGUAUCCCGUCCUCGACCCGCCUUCGCGGUCCCAGUCACAGCUUCAAGUGCGAGAUCUGCAGGACCAGAUGAAGGGCCUGCACAUUAAGAUCUCGACACUCAAAGUGAAAGCGCAGGAGGAUAACCUCCGACGCCGGAGCCUGCAGAGCCUGCGCACGCCCAGCCCUUUGACAGCGGCGAACCACUGGUAUGCCAACCCGCUUGACCCGACAGAGCGUCGUAGCCACCUCCAUCCGAGCGCAGGAUACCAACACGUCGAGUCUCCGCGCAGCAGCCAGGGCAGCGGCAGCAACAACACCGAUUCCACACUACUUGUUCCGGAAACGGUUCACUCAGAGGGCAGAGUUUCAUCAGACGGCGCCAUCCUGCCGCCUUUUGAGCUGACCGAUCACGAAGACGGGCACUCGACCUCUGAGAGCCUGUAUGAAGAUGCCGAGGAAGGAGACCAGGGCGAAAUCGACCGCAAGGCGCUGGAGGAGAUUCUACGCGAGCCUCUAGACGAUGACCUGGCUGAUAGCCCGCUGGAGGCUUUCCCUUCUGUUCCUCACCACGACGACACGCCGCAUGAAGAGCGCGAGGACGCUUUUGACUACGAGCACUUUAUCCUGCACAGUGCGCUGGGCAACUACACGCAGGCGCGACUCCACCGGCAAAGUGAUGCGUCGGAUACUUCUGUCGAAACAACAAGACCGAUCAGGGAGCGACGGUCGACACGUCACUCGCGGUCCAGCAGCACGAACUCGAUAUCAACAGUUGCAACGUUUGCGACAGCUGCUGAGGGUCGAGACGACAUCGAAAGCGUUCUGUAUUGGGACCGGAAGUUCAACGAUGAACUAAACCACAGUUACGCCGAAGACACCGAAUCCAACUCUGAAACAUCACUACGCACCCCUCGCAAAUCCCGCGUCGAAGACCUCGCCUCGCAACGCCCCGACUCUGCAGCAACAGGCUCCGCAACACCAACCUCCCUCGCCUCCUCGCUCGUCUCAACAGUCCGCGCAGCCGCAAGUCCCUACCCGAAUGCGCCAAACGGCAACCUGGGAAUCAACGAGGACGACACCCGACUCCUCGAGCAACUCUUCAAAAGUCUCGGCGACGUAUGCAUGGAGUUGCAGGAGCUUACGACGUCGCCGGACUACGAUGAGAAGCAGGCGAAAUUGCUGAGGCGGCGGCUGGAGGCUGCGAGGCGCGUGUUGGACGGGGAGCUUGACUGA